AUGGCCGACUGGAGCAAUGCCAGCUCCAACGCAUCCUACACCAGCUUCCUCCUGGUGGGUUUCCCGGGCCUGCGGGAGGCUAGAGCGCUCCUGGUGCUGCCCUUCCUUGGCCUCUACCUCGUGAUCGUGUCUGCCAACGCGCUGGUCAUCCACACGGUGGCGGUGCAGAGGAGCCUGCAACAGCCCAUGUACCUGCUCAUCGCCCUGCUCCUGGCCGUCAACAUCUGCACCGCCACCACCGUGAUUCCCGCCAUGCUCUUCAGCUUCUCCGCCCACUUCAACCGCAUCUCCCUGGCUUGCUGUCUGAUCCAGAUGUUCUGCAUCUACUUCCUCAUCGUCUUUGACUGCAACAUCCUCCUGGUCAUGGCCCUGGACCGUUUUGUAGCCAUCUGCUACCCGCUUCGCUACCCGGAGAUCGUGACUGGCCAGUUGCUGACCGGCCUGGUGGGGUUGGCAGCCGCCAGGAGCACUUGCAUCGUGGCCCCGGUGGUGGGGUUAGCCUCCAGGGUGCGCUUCUGCCGCUCAGAUGUGAUCCAGCACUUUGCCUGUGAGCACAUGGCACUGAUGAAGCUCUCCUGCGGGGACGUUUCCCUCAACAAGAGGGUGGGGCUCGCCGUCCGAGUCUUCAACAGAGUCCUGGACAUGCUGUGGCUUGGGGCCUCCUACUCCCGCAUCAUCCACGCAGCCUUUCGAAUCUCCUCAGGUGGAGCUCGGUCCAAGGCCCUGAACACCUGUGGCUCCCACCUGCUGGUCAUCUUCACUGUCUACUCCUCCACUAUGUCUUCAUCCAUCGUCUACCGUGUCGCCCGCACCGCCUCCCAAGAUGUGCACAACCUGCUGAGUGCCUUCUAUCUGCUUCUCCCGUGUCUGGUCAACCCCAUCAUCUAUGGGGCCAGGACCAAGGAGAUCAGGCAGCAUCUGGCAGCUCUGUUCCACAGGGCACAGCCGCCGGUCCCUGCCAAGAAAGCCCAGCCACUGCCCUCACUCAAGCAACUUCCUGCCUGACUCUCAAGGGCUCACAGGUCCCUCUCUCUAUCCAGUGGGACACCCCUGAUUCAUCCUGGCCUUGGAGAUCUGUGUUCACCUUUCAGAGUCUUCUAUCCAGUUAAAAAAAAAAGAAAAAAGAAAAAAAGAGCUAUUCCCACACAAUCACAUAGUGAACAGCUGCAAGGUUAGUUUAUGUCUCAGUUUUUGAGAUUAUAAACCCUUCUUGCUAUAGUUCUGCAUGUGGCUUUUCACUCAAGAUUCAUACACUCACUUCCUCACCAAAUGUUGAUGAUACAUACACCUUGCUAAACCCACGAUAGCAGACAAAGAGAAAUAAAGUGGUUUCGU